UGUUGGUGAUUUUUCACAGUAGAAAGUGCCGCUACUCUCCGUUACUGUCAUGCUACGGCUGCAGUGACGGCGCAGAGACGCUGAAAUAUUGAAGACCAGGAAACACAGACCAAAUGAGAGCAGACUGGGCUUUGUGAGAGAGAAUAAUAAUGACAAUCUAAGCACGUAAACACGUUAGAAGAAACCUUAAAUACAUGUAUGAACCUGAAAAUUGGCACCAUAGGUCCUCUUUAAAUAAUCAAAAAUGUUGAGAGGUCAGACAUUGAUUUUGCAAAAGUGGGCGGUAUUGAUACUUCUUUUUUUUGAUGAGAAAACAUUUGACAUUGCUUUGCUUGACUUUUCCAGGACCCCGAACCAGUUCAGCCCUCCUUCCUAUACUCCUUCGCACCAAAUGCAGAGGUCCCUUUCAUCUCCCGAUAAUCUGCAGAAGCAUGUCAUGAUGAACAACAUGAUGUGGCAGCUCCACCUGCAGCAGCUUGAGCAGUUGAACGGCAACUUCUCCAAGCCUCUGCAGAGGCAGACGUCUGCAGGUGGAAAUUCCGGCGGAGGCGGCUCAAGGCAGCACGACAGCUCCCCCUAUCGGCAUCCAUCCCACACGAACAGCGGUAACAGAAAUCAGCGCUACGCAGAUGACCACGGUCAAGGCCGUCACCAGCAACACGGCCACAGCCGGGACAACUAUCACCAUCAGAACGACAGGAGCGCCAACCGCCACCAUGACAGCAGAGGUGGCAACAGACAUCACGAUGAUAGGGGUAACCGUGGCUACCAAGAUAACAGAUGGCGACGGUACUGAGACACCGGAAAGACUUCAAUUCUUCACAAAAUUACGGACAGCUCACUACAACAUGUCAUAAAUGUUGACAGACUCACAUGUAUACUCAGGUUGUUUGUACAUGAUCCUGCUAGUUUGAAGAUUUGAUAUUUUAUGCCUUAGACAGACUUUUGUUUACUUUUAAGGCAUUUUUAAAUUUGUACAGUUCGUCGUGUGAGUUUUUCCUCACAGAUGUUUUGAGCUAAGAGCAAGGGCAGAAAAAAUCAGACAUGACUGGUGGUCAUUUUGGAAGUAUGAGGAAAAAAACAUGUAUUUAAAAAAAAGAUUUAGGCUUUUGGCAAGUUUUAUGUUAUGCAAAAAGUAUUUAAAUGGUGCUCCUAGAAAUUCUUCAGGUACUUUGCAAAAAAGAACAAAAGUUCCAGCUAAAGAUUCCACCAGCACCACCUUUACGGCAAGAGGGCACCAUCCUUUCUUAAUGUUAUAUCUAUUGACCUUGCUCUUUCUAAAAAAAACUGGCUUUAUUUUAUUUUUUUAUUCUGAGUCUGUAAGACAAACUGUUUUAAAAUGCAACAUUUUCAUUAUUAUAAAGCUCCUUUCAUUUGA